UACAUCACUCGCCACAUCUCGAGCAGAACGGAGACAGAGCCGGAGAACUGGGAGCCGAGACCGGAGAAAAGAGCAUCCAAAGAGGCCGAAUAUAACAGUAUCUGCAGCCGAAGGUGGUGUGCUUCUAAACGUAUUCAAAAAAAAAAAUCACCGGAAAUUGCCGUAAGAGUUCUAGAACUCUAGUGAAAGUGACAAGUGAAAGUCAAAGUUACGAAACCCAAAACCAAAGAUAUGCAGAAAAUGAAUUUACAUGUGUGCGCCUUAGCGCUGCUGCUCUUCGGCAGUAUCGCCACUGUCCACGGCCGAGCCUUGGACAUCGUAGACGACAGCAACGAUGUGGACAACUCCAUUGAGACGGAACCGGAGCCGGAGCAGAAGUCCCACGCCCGGCCGUUCGACGCCGACUGGCUGAAGUUCACCAAGACGCCGCCGGCGAAGCUGCAACAGGCAGCGGGUGCCACCAUCGAGAUUGUGUGCGAAAUGAUGGGAUCCCAGGUGCCCAGCAUCCAGUGGGUGGUGGGUCAUCUCCCCAUAUCGGAGAUCGACGAUCUUGAAUCCAACCAGGUGUCUGAGGAUGCCCCUAGUGCCAUUGUUCGUGUGCGAUCGGUCCACAUUAUCGAUCACAUGCUAAGCGAGCCCCGCACCUACACCUGUGUGGGACGCACUGGCUCCAAGACCAUCUACGCCAGCACCGUCGUCCACCCGGCUCGCUCCUCCGAGAUCAUGGCGAGGGAGAAGCAGUAUCCCGGCAACCAGAAGCCUCGCAUCAUCUACACCGAGAAGACGCAUCUGGACCUGAUGGGCUCCAACAUCCUGCUGCCGUGCCAGGUGCACGCACGUCCCAGGGCCGAGAUCACCUGGUUCAACAACGAGAACCAGAAGGUUGUCCAGGGUCAUCGCUACAAGAUCCUGUCCACCGGUCAUCUGCUGAUCUCCGACAUCAAGUGGGAGGACAUGGGCAACUACAAGUGCCUGGCCCGCAACGUAGAAGGACACGAUUCCGCCGACACCUUCGUGUACCCCGUACUUAAGGAGGAAGACUAAAGAUCCAAAAACCCAAAAACCACAUAAGGCUAUUGAAUUGACGACGGGAAUAUUCAUCUAGUUAGUUAGAUAGAUCAAAUGCCUUCGAAGAUGCGUGAAAAAUAACAAAAAAGGAAAUAAUGAUUAGAAAAAAAAAAACCCAAAAAAAUAUAGAUGGAGUCAUACGAUUUACAGUUAUGUACAAUUUAGGCUAAGAUCCAGGUAGCUCGUAAUUAACCGUAUCUAAUGCCGGCUUAGACUAAAGAUUUUCUAUCUCAAUACCCUCGAAUGGCACUCGAAUUGUAUCAACUUAUAUACGGUCUAUGUAUGGUAUAUGUUUUUCUUCAAUUUUAGUUCUUAAGUUAUCGGCUUGUAAUCACGCUUGUAAUUUUUUUUUUUAUUAUUCGUUUCUGUAAGUAGCAAUGAUUGUUCCUAGCGAUUCAGGCGAGCUCUAGUUAACGUAUUUAAACUAAUUGGCCGUUUACUUAAUCGGGAGGCGCUUCUGGCAGCCCCCCCCGGAGACAACUUGAAACCAAUGAACCAUAAACACUCCAAUCAAUCUGUUAAUCAGCCAGCCAGUCAGUCAGUCAGUCAAUCACCCAAUUCGUAUUUACAUACACCAUUCAAUCAUUUCUACAAUUAAUUUAUUGAUCGACCUUAAAUUCAUCCCGCAUUGCAGCCCAUAUAGAAUCACGGAAAAGUAUUUAACAGCACGGAAUUAAUCAGUUUCAUAAGCUACCCCCCUCCACCCCCUGCCCUGACUAUAUAUUUUAAUUUGUAAGCUAAUUGAACUGAACUAUAUAUGGUUUUAUAAUUUGUUUAGUUUGUAAUCAACUUUCAUGAGAUGUUUUUUGAAUAAAUAAAAGAAAAGAAAAUAAAUACAACAA